AUGCAGAUCCUCGCACUCCUCCCUCUCGUGGCCAUCGUCGCUGCCCACAACACCCCUGAGGAGCCAGUGGAAGGGACUGUUUCAACCAUCUACACGAACCCAACACGGGUGGUAGAGCAGUCGACCGUCUCAACAAUCCUCACAAACCCAACACGGGGACAAGAGGAGGCGACUGUUUCGACGAUUCUCACAAACCCAACACGCAGCGCAGAGGAGUCAACCUACACGACCAUUUACACCAACCAGGACGGGCUACAAUCGACUGCCCACACGAACAAAUCGCAGCCACCACCAGGUAGCACUGUGUACCCAAACACCACCUUUACUCGUGGCCCCCCUGUACCGCCCACUCCCAGUGGCGGCGGGCCGGGGACAACCUCUCCUCCGGGAACUGAUGGACCACACCCCAAUGGAGCGGCCGUAACGUCGUACAUGGGCGCCAGCGUGAUGGUCGGGUUGGCCGGUGUCGUCUUUCUUGCGGGCUUGUUGUAG